CACGAAAAAACCCUUCUUUCUACUGGAGGGAUUGGAAUCGACCGAGCAGCGGAGAUGAAGCUGGGUCUGGUGCCGCCCCUGGUGCUCCUCUGCUCCGAUCUCUUGCUACACAGCAGCCCUCCUCUCAUCUCUGCCCUUCCUUUCGAUCCUCUCGCCUCCGGCGCCGCCCCAACAGGUCAAGUUUAUGCAUCGAGACGGCCCUCCAAUGUUAUUUUCCAUCCACCAACCGGAUCCUGUGUCCUUCGGAAGUCUGUAACAGACCCUUUGAGACUAGGGCCCUGCAACCAGUCUGAUGAUUGGAACUACACACCUCAAAAGUUUCUGGUUGUGAAGGGUACAUACUUCUGUUUGCAAUCUGUGGACUCAGGCAAACCAGCAAAGCUCGGAAUCGUUUGCUCCGAAUCAGAUUCUUCAUGGGACAUAACAUCGAAAUCCAAGGCACAGAUCUCCAAAGAGCUACCUGAUGGUACUGCCUUGUGCUUGGAUGUUGAUCCUGAAAACACUCUCAUCACAAACCCAUGCUUGUGCUUGAGCAUUGGAACCUGCGACCGUGAGAGCCAAUGGUUCGAGUUCACUGCCCGAAAUGAAGUUCCAGUUGCUCAGCUUUCUCCUAUGAACACAGCUCAAAACUCAACUUCUCCAUAAAGUUCUACUUAUGAGAAUCCAGAGAUGCCAGCAUGUGAUUAAAUAAUGUCUGUGACCAGGAUUCACUGUUCUGUAUUUAGAAUGAAGAGGAAAAAGAACUGUUGCAUCCUUGGUGUCUUACCUAUAUCUGAUGACAUAUCAUUCAAACUUUAUGAUGCCAUGAUCAUCUAUAAUAUAUUUUACAAAAUGAUAAAUGAUGAAGGCCAGAUUUGAUCA